AUGUUAACAGGAGCAGAUGAUCUGCAAUCCCUGCUAAUGAUUAAGAGGGAAGUCUGCGAAGUUUUGAAUUCUGCUCAGCUUUCACUCACUAAAUGGUUCUGUAAUCACCCAUCGCUAAUGGAAUCAGCAACGGAUAUCAAGAACGUCUGUUUGGACGACAAUACCACAACAAGUGCACUUGGAAUAUCUUGGUAUACCAGUGACGACGUUUUCGGAUUCGCGUAUCAUCCAAAAAAUCAGACAACUAGCAUCACGAAGCGAUCAAUCUUGUCAACAACAUCGUCACUCUUUGACCCACUGGGACUUAUAAGUCCUGUUAUCAUUAAGGCGAAAAUCUUGCUGCAAAGGUUAUGGGUUCUUCAAUGUGACUGGGACGAAUCUGUGCCACAAACAAUUGCAAGUGCUUGGGAAGCUAUUCGCCAAGAUUUACAGCAGUUGCACCUCAUACGUAUUCCGAGAUAUGUUGGCCUUGGAAAUGCUGUCGACAUACAAGUUCAUGGCUUUGGAGAUGCCUCGACAAAGGCGUAUGGAUGCUGUUUGUAUGUUCGCUGCAAGGAUGAAGUAGGCAAUGUCACAGUAAACCUGUUAGCGUCCAAAUCACGCGUUGCUCCAUUAAAGGUUCGCACACUUCCUCGUUUGGAGUUAUGCGCCGCACAUUUACUCGUUAAGUUCUGGAACAAAAUCGAAGAGCAUCUUAACUGGCAAAUUUCCCAAAGGUAUUUUUGGUCCGAUUCGCAAAUAACAUUGCACUGGAUACAAUCGCAAUCAUCAACACUGUCAACGUUUGUUGGUAAUCGAGUAUCUGAUGUUCAACAAUUAACAAAGGACGUAAUUUGGAGACAUAUCCCUACAGAGGAAAAUCCUUCAGAUCACAUUUCACGCGGAUUUUCGGUCAACGAACUUGUGGAAUCAAAUUGGCUUCACGGACCUCCAUUUCUUCUCCAUGAUUCAUCAACGUGGCCAUCAACAUUUAGUGGCUACUUAUCCGACAAAGAUCAUGACUUGGAAAAACGCAAGCUUGCAUGUACCUGUGAGGUUACCGAAAUACCAUAUCUGCUUCAAAGACUUCAUCAAAUAAGCAGUUACAUAAAGGGUCUUCGUGUCGUUGCAAUUAUGCUGCGCUUUAGGACAAUGAAUCGCCAUCUACGACGAAUGCCUUACACAGCGACUAGAAGAAGCUCUUAA